CUAGUUGGUAUUCCCCAGCGUAUCCCCAACCCUCGGCUCUCGCCAGUCUCGCUGCUGCUCGGUUGCCUGGCCUGCCUGUCUAGUCUCGCACGACACGGUGAUGGCGGACAGCGAGAGUGAUACCGAUGGACCAGGGAGCAGUUCUGCUACCCCAAUGUCUUCAACCGCAUCGACAUCCAACAAACCUGGGAUACUGAUAUCCCAAUUUCGCCUUGAAGAGCUGACAAAUCGAUUGGCCUCCCUACAGCAAGAGAACAAAGUGCUGAAAAUCGAGCUGGAAACGUUCAAACUCAAAUGCAAAGCACUGCAAGAGGAGAAUCGAGACUUACGAAAGGCUAGCGUUACCAUUCAAGCCAGAGCUGAACAGGAGGAAGAGUUCAUCUCUAACACGCUCUUCAAGAAGAUCCAAGCCCUGCAGAAAGAAAAGGAGACUCUGGCUGUCAACUAUGAGAAGGAAGAAGAAUUCCUCACCAACGACCUGUCCCGGAAACUCAUGCAGCUCCAGCAUGAGAAGGCGGAGUUGGAGCAGCAUCUGGAGCAGGAGCAGGAGUUCCAGGUCAACAAGCUGAUGAAGAAGAUCAAGAAGCUGGAGAACGACACCAUCUCCAAGCAGCUCACGCUCGAACAGCUGCGAAGAGAGAAGAUAGACCUGGAGAACACCCUGGAGCAGGAGCAGGAAGCUCUGGUCAACCGGCUGUGGAAACGCAUGGACAAGCUGGAGGCAGAGAAGAGGAUCCUGCAGGAGAAGCUGGACCAGCCGGUGUCGGCGCCUCCGUCUCCACGGGACAUCUCCAUGGAGGUGGACUCACCUGAGAACAUGAUGAGGCACAUCCGCUUCCUGAAGAGCGAGGUGGAGCGGCUGAAGAGGGGCCUUCGCACCACCGAGAUGCAGCACACGGAGAAGCGAGCGCAGUACAUCGAGGAGGAGCGGCACAUGCGGGAGGAGAACAUCCGGCUGCAGAGGAAGCUGCAGAGAGAGAUGGAGCGCAGGGAGGCCCUCUGCAGACAGCUGUCAGAGAGCGAGAGCAGCCUGGAGAUGGACGACGAGAGGUACUUUAAUGAGAUGUCUGCCCAGGGUCUGCGGGCGCGCACCGUCUCCAGCCCCAUCCCCUACACUCCCUCCCCCAGCUCCAGUCGGCCCAUCUCCCCCGGUCUGUCGUACGCCAGCCACACGGUGGGCUUCACCCCCCCAGCCACCCUGAGCAGAGCCCCCCUCCCCCACUACACACCCCCGGGCCUGCACGUCCACCCCGGCUCCUCCCACGGCAUCCAGAGGCCUUCCCCACGGAGAAGCAACAGCCCAGACAAGUUCAAGCGGCCCACCCCUCCACCGUCCCCAAACACGCACUCGGGGGCCCAGCAGCAGCAGCAGCAGCAGCUCCGAGCACCCCCACCACCCCCGCCCGCCCAGCCCAUGGACCAGUCCCCCACGACCCCGCCGGCUAGCACACAGCACCCGCUGCAAGCGCCAUCCCAGCCUUAAAAUGCAUGCACCGGACCACGCGCUAACUACGCUAGGCUAGGCUAGGCUAGACUAGAUGCGGCUAGCGCUUAGACUAGUGCUAGUGCAGUGAUUAUAGCAGUUAUUCAUGGGGGCGGGGGGUAGGGGUCACAGUUCAUCAGUACGGCCGGGUGUGGGGUUGGGGUGGGGGGAGCAGGAACGAGGAACACGAAACACAAAGCCUUUGGGUUUAUUUUGGUGUGGCACUGAGACGGGCUGACUUGAGGACCGCUAGUCAGCAAACUGGGACUGGUGAUUUUAUUUUUGUUUGCAUUUUGUUUUUGUUUUUUUCUCUUCUUUUCUUUUGGUAUUUUUUUAUUACUGUUAUUUUGUUGUUUGUUUUUUGUUUGUUUACUUCCAUUAGGCUUGUCUUUGUUUAAAUUUCAACAAAAAAGAACGGACAAAAAGAAUAUUCUUUUUUUUUUUUUCUUGAGUUGUGUAUCAGAGUUUUGGCAGGGUUUACUGUUAACUCACUGCUUGUCAGAUGUACGUGUAAGUUUGGGAAUAUGGACAUUGGCACACAAAAAAAUCUCAUCACUGAGAACACACACACACACACACACACACACACACACACACACACACACACACACACACACACACACACACACACACACACACACACACAUACACACACACCAGCACACACCAGCCAGUAAGCCCCACCUGGCAAUACCAAUACUAUCAUCAUGUGCCAUUACCAACCUAAUGUAAUGUAACGGCCAACACUCCCACCCCACCCCGCCCCGCCCUUCCCCCAACCCCAUCCAUUGCACUGCUGCCAUUGGAUGGGCCUCCUCAAUCACAAGACAGACACAGACCAGAUGUGCAGAAGCACGGGACGUACACGUUCCUAAGGUGAAGAGGGCAACCGGACGCAAGAAGGCAUGUACAGUAGAGACGAGAAGGUUUAAUGAUAAUGGCAGAAACGGGGUUGAGCCUGUUUCAGGCUGCUGCUAGUCCAGACUGUUUUUGUGUGGGGAUGGGGGUGGGCGGGUUGCUAACAGAACAGCCAGGAAUAUUGAAGGUUCCGUAUUGUUGACUCGAUGGUGAGAGAACGUUGGAACUGUACUGUCGGAACGUCACGUCCCUACUCUUCUGCAUGUGGUGCAUAGAGGAAGGGGUUCUGCAUAGUGUUGGACAGAGCGAGAGAUGGUUGUGUAGAGGAGUGCCACCAGGCAUGAACAUGCAUAGAUAUAUAGUGGUGUGGGGGAGGGAGGAAGGGAAGGAGGCAGCUUUUCGCACUGUGUCUGUGUAUGGUUAGCUGGCCCUUGUCAGCCCGGCCAUAGACAUAAUACACAUGUCUAUGUCCAUCUACUCUUCUCUAUACGCAUAUAUAGACAUCUAUACAUGUCUAUGGGCCCGGCUACCUCCAUAGCACACCCCAGAUACAGAUAUAAUAAUCUCAUCAUCAGACCAAGGAGCAGAAGAGCGCAAAUACACAGUACGCCUUCUCAUUAGAUUCUUAAAUGUUACAUGCAACAUGUUGAAGAGGAGCUGCCCUGUUCAAUAAAUUAACCUCAACAUGAUUAAAAGUGUGGAAAGUCAACAA